AGGUUUUUGCCCUCCUGAUCCACUCGGCGCUGGCUUCAACAUCAAUUGGGAUACGGUUAAUUUAACGAAACUUCUCAAAGACCUUUUGAAAUUGGUAGGUAACUUCCAGCAGGUGCACUACUAAGGUUAAACUAGUUUGAAAACGCAAUGCAAUACAUACACUUCUAGUACAUACACACAUUGGUAUUCUGUGGCGAUUUUUGCGUCCAAUUUUCAACACAAUACACAUCUCGUAUCAAACCUUGUCAUCUAUCAGUUUUUUAUGAUAUUUAUUAAUCGUGCUCCAAUUAUAAAUGAAAACUAACAGAACUACUUCUGUAAUUAUUUUAAACAUUCUCCGAAGAACGUCGCUAAAGCGCAGAAACAGCUUCAGGAAAGUAAAGUCAAAGAAGGUGAGAAAACGUAUCACACAACUCAAAAAAGAAGGGCGGUAAAAUAAUAUUAAGAUAAGAAAAAAAAGAUAAAUUCAUGAAAAGGCUGGAAGAUUAGGUAUGAAAAUUUAACGCCUAUAACGGUUGAGAAAAUGGUUGAUCCAGGACCAGCAGAUGAAAACGAGGAGGAAGAAGGCGUGGAUGAAAAAGGUUUAAUCAAGGCCAUGUUGGCUAAGGAAGAAGAGAAAGACACCACAGAGAAACCCGUUCAAGGUCCUUUGAUGGAACAUGAAGCCAAUGCAGACGAAACCUCGGAAACGCUCGCAACCACAUCGGCCACUCCCGUUACGGUGGCGUCACCUACAACUCCUCCCGUCACACCUACGACCGCAGCAAACUAUCCUGUUUCUAAAGAUGGUUCGUGCCCGCAUUGCGGGUCAACUACUGUGAGAUAUAUCAUUCUGGUGAAGGAUUCCACCAAGGAUAUCACUCUACCACCAACGCUUGAUAAACUAUUGAAGAUGGGAAAGGCGUUCAAAAUGGCCAAGGGCGCCAACAAUCCACCGUCAUUUCAAUGCUGUACUUGCACGUAUGGUUUCAACUUGGACUGGUCUAAGACAAAUCUGAAGAAGAUCUUCAAACUCGAAGAAGAGUCGUCUAGCAACACUACGUCAGCAUCGAGCAGCGCCGUAAUCUCAUCGUCGACAUAUCAGAAUUAUACAACUUCAUACCCAGCCUCCUCGCUUCAGACCUCAACGUAUGGUUCAUACUCAGCCUAUACUAGACCACCUCCCAUGGGUUAUCCCGCGGUACCACAAUACGGUUACCCCGCGCCUGCCCCUCUCGUGACUCAACCAAUGACGAGAAUUAUCCCCGCACCCCAAAUGGCUGGCAUGGCCCCACCUCCUAUGGCUGGUAUGGCACCCCAACCUUAUGGUGUUGCCCCUAUACCGUACGCCGGAGCACCUCUUCAACCAUAUCCAGGUAUGGCUCCCCAACCCUAUGGCCCACCGCCAACCGGGCUUCUUACGGGUCCGCCACAACCAUUCCCUGGAGCUCCACCCAACCAAUUUGGCCCCAUCCCUCCUGGAAGUAUGCCACUAGGUGUACCCCCCGUACCGACCAGAGUGGGAGCCCCUAUGUACGGCAUGCAACCGCCGGGUAAUAUGAACUUUCGUGGAACGACAGGCCAGGGCAAUAUUCCUGGAGUUAUGCCUGUCAGUGUUUCUGGACAAACACCAGGUCCGUAUUCUGUUCCCCUUCAACCACUUGCAGCAGUCCCAAUGCAGGGAUCCGGCCCCUACCCUGUACCCCGAGGUCUUGCCCCCUUUCCAGGAACCCCUCAAAAUCUUAUGCCAGGUCCAAGACUUCGAGUCCCAAAUGCAAGACUACGAGGAAGAAAUAAUAAGCAUUUGAAAGGAAAGCCCAAGGAAAAGCAAGUUAACCAUGAAAACCAUGGAAGCACUGAAGUACAGGAACAGUGGUCACAAGAUGUAGGAGAGUCGCAGGAUAAUGAUGGUGAAGAGGAUACAAAUGAGGACGUCUAUGACCCCGAAGCUGCGACGAGGUUCGAGGAACUGUUGAAUAAAAUUGACGAAAAGCCGCCCGGGGAGGAUACCCAGGCGGAAUUUGAAGUAGCCGCAUUUACACCUGAUGAGAAACCCGCUGAACCAGUAGAGAAUAUCGUGGAAAAUAUUGAUAAAAGCGAUGGAACAAUCGAGAAAGCAGCUGCGGUAAGCGAGACAAGGAGUACUGAACCUGAAGCAAUGAAACAAGAUACAUCAAGUGUUACUGUAAAUAAUUUGAGUGAAACUGCUGCUGCACCUGAGCCUGCGAACGUUUGUGAAGAUACCAGCGAUGCUGGGAACUCAGGUCAAGGUAAUGAUUCCAGUGUGACGUCAGGUGUUGAGAGCGGAGGAUUGGAGCCGAGUCCCAAGACAGCGUCUCGGGGGAAAUCAACGCGGGGUAGAAAACGUCAGGCAACUGGCGGGAGAAAAACGGCGCGAAAUACAAGAACGAAGAAAGUUGUGGAGAAUGCCGGAUACGAGGAUAGAAUAGGAAAUGAUAAUGAUGGAUUGACAGGGACAGAUGAAGUAAAGAAAGUAAAACUGUCAGAUGAACAAACACAGGAAAAUACCGACGCUGAUGAAAAUAUUCAAGAAGCGACGAUUGAGGAGGACAUUCAGCCCAAGAGGGUGACUCGUGCGCGCACACAGAGAAGAAAGAAAUAAACAUUGAUGAUAGUUCUUUCUAAUGUAGAUACAAGAUGAAACAUUCUUGUUCCUUGGGGAACUCAGCCUCUCUAAACAUGGGGAAUGAACUCAACAUUACAAUUUCCUGAAUAUAGGAAUUUACAAGUGCUUUUAUAACUGUUCUGUUAAAGGAAGAACCUUUAGUACCAAACUGUAAUAUAUUGUUUUGUUAAUGUUGUGAUAGGUGUAUCACUGAACAUUACACACAUGAAAAGUU